AUGGCGACGACCAAAAACAGUGUGGUGAUUGAACAACGCCCUUCGAAUGAUGAGAGCCACCAAAUUGCAAGAAGUCGAGUAUGGGACAGCCCAAUUUUAUCCAAACUCUGUAGAGACAGAGAGCAUCUGGUGGUUCUUAAAAUUGAUUUUUUGCUGUUGACAUGGGCAUUUGUUUCUGGCUUGACUAAGGACAUGGACCAGUCUGCAACUACCCAAGCAUACGUUUCAGGAAUGAAGGAAUCUCUCAAUCUUUAUGGCAAUGAACUGGUGGAAUUUACGACAUUCUUCUCUAUAGGAUACGCUAUAGCAAUCGUGCCGCAUGCUAAUGCUCAUUGCAGCACAUUUGCCGCAAAGAACGCAAGGACUGUAUAUGCAUUGAGAUUCUUUUUGGGAGUUUUUGAGUCCACGUCUUGGCCAGGACUUGCCAGUCUGCUGUUUAAUUGGUAUACUCCCCAAGAACUGGGAACACGCCUGGCAAUCUUCGGUGUCAGUGGCACAGCAGGCAAUAUGUUCCUUGGGAUUCUCCAGGCAGCCUUAUACAAGAACCUAGAUGGCGCAGCCGGACUGCAAGGAUGGCAAUGGCUGUUCAUAGUCACGGGUUGUAUGACGAUGGCAUGGGGCAUGCUUGGCCUGUUUAUUAUCCCCGAUUCUCCAAGUAUUACACGGGCAUUGUGGUUAACCAAACGCGAACGCAGAAUUGCUGUAGACCGCAUGGCAAGCUACGGGAUUAAGACGAACGAACUUGUCAAUCGGCAAGUUGUUAUGGAGAAAAUUCGUGCUCUCCUGAAAACGCCAUUGAGCUGGCUCUAUAUCGCUGCGUAUCUUCAGUAUGCAUGGAGUCAGAGGUGCAAUUCGUAUUUUCUAUUAUACCUAAAGGGCCUGAAAAAUGACAACGGUGAACAGUUAUAUAGCACAUACACUGUCAACCUUAUUCCCUUGGGCGGAUACGCAAUCUCAAUCGUCACCAAUGUCGGCCUCAAUUAUUUGAGUGACAAGAAGCAAUGGCGAUGGCAAGUGGCUGUCUUUGCAGCACUGCUGCAAGUCCUCUGUUGUUCUGUCUUAUCUGCUUGGCCCGAUUCCACACCGACAGUCAUGGCCUUCUACUUCAUGACCUUUGCUACCAGUGGAUGGGGAUAUGCACUACUCGCUUGGAUCGGUGAGAUCCUUCGCAAAGAGCCCGAGAUCCGAUCAAUCCUCGUAGCCCUAACCGUUACGCUUGUGUGCUUCGCUAAUUUCAAUUUUAAAACAGAUGUCGGCCAUGCGACAAUUCCACUUCGUAUUUGGAGAACGUCGGAUAGUCCGCGACAUAAGGAAAUUUUGGAAAAUGUGAAUGCUUUUCAGAAUUUUGAGUAUAACUUGAUCUCGAUUUUCUCUCUGAUCUACUGCAAGUAUGUAAUUUCCGUUCUCGCACAGCCGGUGAGGCCUGGGCUUCAUUUUGACGAGAAUAUUAAUGGACACCCUUAG